AACAGAGAGCGGUUUUUACAGUCAGUGGUGAAAGCAAGUGAAGAACACUUAAGGUUCAACUAUGGCAACUCUUCGUUUCACUCUACUUCUUCUUGUCGUCGUCAUCGGGAUCUUCUCCUCCUUUUCUCAGGUUCAAGUUCAAGCAACAAGCGAAAUCAAUCUCAGGAUCGAACCAUUUUCCUCGCCGUUCGCGACGGAUCUUGCAACGCUGCAAACUCAAAUUGGCUACAAGUUUAACAACACCAACCUUCUUCGCCGUGCUAUGACUCAUGCUUCUUUUUCUCAAGAGAGCAACAAAGCACUGAGUAUCUUUGGAACCCAUAUCAUUGAAACCUCGGUCUCUCUUCAGUUCCUUGCUAAAGAUAUCGAUAUCUCCUCUAAAGCACUGAACCGUUUGAUAGCACAGGUUUCAAAUGUGGAGUCCUCUUGUGCUCUUGACGGAGACCGGUUGGGUUUGGGGAAGAUAAUCAGGGUUUCUACCAAGACAGAUGCAUCGAACUCGGCCAUUCUUUGUGCUGGCUUUAGGGCAAUCUUUGGAGCUAUUGCUAUUGAUGCGGGAAUGGUUGAUAAAGCCAUCAAGGUUUUCUGGAAGGUACAUGGAGGAGAUAGAGCUGGAAGACUAGUGUCUAUGUUGUAAUUUAGAGCUUUAAGUUAAAGUCAUGUUUUUACGGAUGCCAAGUUCUAAGAGACUCUUUGUUCUCCAAGGCUUAGAAUUAUAUGGUUGAUGUUGUUAACUAUUUGCUCAUGUUAUGAGGAUGUAAGUGAUCAUACUCUAGUAAUCUAGUUUUGUUUUCGGUCAUUUUCCUCCAAAACUGUCUGUUUUUGCUGCAAUAAUUGAAAUGACACUUA